AUGGCAAACGAAAUACGCAUUAUUUGUUUACUGUUGACUAUAAGCAAUAGUUUUUGUCAAACUUCAGAUGAUGCUAAGAAUCUGUUCACCGAAUUAUUCAUUAAUAAAAGUUACAAUAAACAAGUUAGAGUGGGAGGAUACGUAGAAAAUAGUUUGUGGGCAAUAACUUCAACUUCGGUGCAGAUAAACAGGAUAUUAGGUAGCCAUGAGAUUGUUUUCACAAUUAAUCUACGCCGUAAACCUACGUAUUACAUAGUCAAUAUUAUUAUACCUUUAAUAUUCCUGAGCAUUCUUAAUUCCAUAGUAUUCAUUAAUCCUGCCGAUGCUGUCGAGAAAAUGUCUUAUUCAGUUACUGUCUUUUUGUCGUUCGCGGUAUAUUGUACAAUAAUAAAAGCCCAACUACCCGUCAAUUCAUAA